GUGGCCAUCUGUCACCCCCUGCACUACACCAUCACUAUGAAUCCCUGGCUCUGCAUUUUGCUGGUUCUGGCAUCUUGGAUCACGAGUAUCCUGUAUUCUUUGCUACAAAGCAAAAUGGUGUUAGACAUUUCCCACUUUUUCUGUGAGCUGAAUCAGGUGGUCCAACUUGCCUGUUCUGACACCUCUCUUAAUGGCGUGGUCAUGUAUUUUACAUCUGUGCUGCUGGGUGGCGGUCCCCUCACUGGCAUCCUUUACUCUUACACUAAGAUAGUUUCCCCCAUUCAUGCAAUCUCAUCAUCUCAGGAGAGGUACAAAGCAUUUUCCACCUGUGCCUCUCACCUCUCAGUUGUCUCCUUAUAUUAUUUUACGGGUCUAGGUGUGUAUCUUAAUUCUGCUGUUACCCACAGCUCACAUUCAAGUGCAGCAGCCUCAGUGAUAUACAACUUGGUCAUACCCAUGCUGAACCCCUUCAUCUACAGUCUGAGGAAUCAAGAUACAAAGACAGCUCUGAAAAGAUUAUUUGGAAGAAAAGUAUAA